UGUGUGAGAGAGAGCGAGAGGGAGAGCUAGAGAGACAGCGACAGAACAAGACGGAGGGUGAACAACCAAGUCUACUUUUAUAUAAUCUUUUUGGGCUUAUUGCAUGAGAAUCUGGAUGUUUUCUUAUAUAUUGUAGUGGAUACAUCAACAAAUCUGACCUAUAGAGCAGAAACUCUAGAAACAGUCCAAAAAACAGAGGUUGUGUGAAGAAGAUGAGCAGCAUGUGUGUUCGGGCCGCGCUUGCAGUCCUCCUCCUGUUCAUAGCUACCGUUGAGGCUGGUGAAGGAGGAGUAACAUUCUGGGGAGAAGAAUUCACAAUGACCUGUCCGGAAAAAGGGUAUUUCAACAAACGAAACAAAACUAUACUAAAUCAAGGAGAAAUGCAGCUUACACUCAAGUAUGAUGACACAACCAAAGGCUUACACCACUGCCAAUAUGAAGAAAGUCCUGAAAAUAAAUAUUAUUUCUACGUGAGGGGAAAGACUUGUACAAACUGCUUUGAGGUGGACGCAACUCUGUUUGGGCUGGCCAUUGCUGCGGACGUGGUGGGGACGGUAAUUGUGAUGAUCAUUAUCUACAGGUGCACCAAGAAGAAAAGCUCAACUGGACCCCCUCAAACUUCCAAAGCACCUGCUCGUACAGGAGGCCGGGCUCCACCUGUCCCAUCUCCUGACUAUGAGUCUCUGAACCCUCAUACUCGCUCCCAGGACCCUUACUCUGUGGUGAACCGGAUGGGAUAGAGACAGGUCACCUGACUGCAGCAGGUUGAGGCAGACAUUCACAAAAGACAUGCAUGAACAUCUGUCAUGCUACGGAAGCCGGCAAACACUGGUUAUCGCUUUCCUGGAUUCAAGGGGUCGCUGAACCCAAAUCAUAGCCAAAUAUAUUCCCACUUACUCCUAGUCACUGUAAUAUGUCCAGGUGUUCUGCCCCAUCAUGGUACAUUACAGGUGAAAAUAAUGUAACUUGUUGCGUUCACAGUAUGUAAAAAGGUAGGCAGAAAAAUACGUCCUGGUACGUCUUUCUUUAUAUAUGUUGCCUUAUAUGAUCAAUUACCAACCAAAAUGUAAAAUAAAAAUGAAUUUAUGAAAUAAUAAUAGGAUAUUACCGAAAUGUAAACACAAAAAGAGGGUAACAAAAGUUUUUGAUGCUACUCUUCCAUGUAUUUAUUGUCAUAAUAAUCCAUGAACUCUUCUAACUGUCUUGUUGUCACCAAGUGUGACAAUUGAGAGUGCAUGAGUAAAACGUGAGUUUAAAUGCAGACUUGACUGACUACUAAACAAAAAAAGGCAUAAAACGCAUCAACCUUGUAUACUUUGUAAAUACUACUAAAUCAAUCAAACGUAAUACUACUGAAAAGUCUUCACGUCUAUCCCCUACAGUACGUCUAAAGCAAUUGAAUGAAGGGUCACUUGAGUAAAUGUUUUGGAUUUUGGUUAUAAAUGUAAUCUUUUAAGAAAGCGAGCAACAACAAUUCCAAUCAUGUCUAAUGUGCGGAAGCAGACAUCGAAAGAAAAGAUAAAACCAAAACGAUUUGCUUGGUUAGGCAGCUUCAGAGGUUAGCGUGUAAACAGGUUUGACUUUUAAAUAUACAUGAUAUACCUAGUUUUUUAUGCUUAUGUUAAUUAAAUGAUAUGUUAAAGCAUUGAGGUAGUUGGUAAUGCUGCACUGGACUGCCUUGUAUUCCAACCCAGUCUCACGGCAUUUCGUGUUAAUCUUACAGAUUAAAAUUAAUUUAAUCUAUUGAUUCGUGUUCACCAACACGAUUUUCGCAUUUU